AAGGAGGCAAGUUUUGCAAAUGGGAUAAUUUGGUGGAAGCAAAGGUUUUCUUUCGGGGCAUUUAAUGCACCGAGUAAAGGAUCUGAUCAUCGGGCGAGAUCAAAGAUUACAAAGAGGUAGUAGUAGUAACCUUUUCGGUCUAUGGAGAUUCUCAAUCAUCCAGGUCAUGGGUUGUCAUGCUUUUUUCCCCAAGAUUUUCUUGGAGUUUUUCUUUUGAAGACCUAAGGUGGCUCAGUGGCUAAGACACUGAGCUUGUCGAUCAGAAAGAUUGGCAGUGAGCAGGGGGUUGGACUAGAUGACCUCCAAGGUACUUUCCAAUUCUGUGACUGUUACAUACCUUUUGCUUCUCAUCCGGGAAGCUUCUUGGAAGUAACCUUUUUCUAUCAUCUAGAUGGGGGAGAAGCAGUGCAAAGCUUCUGUUUAGCCCCUCCCAGCACCUGCAAGGGGAGAAGGUGGAAAGGCCAAACGCUUAUCCAAGGAGAAGCCCCUCCCUGCGUCCUCCCCCCCCCUUGGGAGGCGGAGUUUCUGAGCCAGGUGUGCUCUGAUCUCCUGCCCUUUGCUCUGGGUGGAGUGGCCGAAGGCCUGGAGAAAAGCGCUUCUGAAUUCAUGGAGAGCCCUAACAAUUUCUGCCGCCUUUGUGGCACCGUGCUGCGUGGGAAUCAUCGGCGGUGGCUUUUCAGCCGGAGCAAUAACAGCUCACGCCCCAACCUGCUGGUGAUACUGUCCUACGUCCUCGACCAAGAGCUUCCGCAGCGUGGAGAUGGGCGCGGAGAAUUCCUGUGUGGGAAAUGCGCCCAGGUCUUGGGGCGGGUGUACCAUUUCGACACGGUCAUCGCCCGGGUUCAAGCUCUCUCCAUUGAGCGCCUCCAGCGCCUGCUUUCGGAGAAGGACCAGUUGGCCCGCUUGCUGCGCCAUAUUUACACGCGGCGGUUUCCAGAUAACGGGGCCUCCGUGUCCUACACGGGCCAAGAGAUCUCAGCCAGCAUAGCGGAUUUGCCCCAAGUGCAGUACCAGCGCCUCCUGCAGGAUGAUAUGGUCCUCUCUGAAUAUGAGUGCUGGGCUGACGCCCCCAACAGCAGCCAGCCAGGCACCCCGGGUCGGAACCGCCAAUGUCACAGCUGCCAUGGGCUGAGGGUGGACGACAACAAUUAUGAGUGGGUGUGCCGGACACCGAGGCGGCUGGGAACGUGGUCCCCUAUCUUCCCCCUCUGCCGGGACAAGUCGCAAAGCAUGCCCACCGUGUGCUGCGCGGGCUCCCAGGCCUCUCUGCGGUCCCAUAGUUUGGGGGACGUCGAGUCGUGUUCCAUGCUAUCGUUGGAUACUUUGCCAGAAUCGGAACUAGCCUCGGAAGCGCUGAAAAAUCUGAAGGACAUUAGAAGGAAGCGGCUGAAGGUCCCAUCGGGCAGUAAGAUCCCCGUCUUGGUAGGCAACUGGCGGGGGGCCACUCCCCGGAGAGAGAGCCCCGUGGGAGAAGAAUCCUAUGAGGACCUGAUGGAUGAGUUUCUGCCUCUUGAGUCAAAGGGUGAAGAAGGAGGUGGGAAUGGAAUUAACUCAGAAAGGACCCUUUGUCAGCGUUCCAGAAAACCCCAACUCCAACUCCAGGUUCAGCGGUCUCUGCACCAGGACCUCCAAAGAUCUUUUGAUAACUUGAAGGAGCUUCUUGAAACAGCCCAGGGACAGCUGAAGAGCUUUCAGGAGAAACAAGGAGAGGCAUCCAACCAGGAAGCUGGUUUUCCACUUGAGGAGGCCAUGAAUCACCAGGAGCAGCUGAUCCAUCAACUGACCAGGUGUCUGCAAAGCAAGGAGGAGGUGUUACAGGACUGUCUGGUCAUCUUGCUGUCCCUUGGAUCGCCUGGGGUGAACGCCUCCAAGUUGGAAACCCUGAUCAAGCAGAUGGCCCUGCGUCUAAAAGAUAGAGAUCAAGCAUUAGAGAAGACUCAAUCCAAUCAUUUCUUGGCCCUGGAGUCCGUUCAUCGUCAGUUAAGACACCUUCAGGAAGCAUUGAAAGAUAAAGAUGCUGACUUGGCACAACUCAACACCAGCCUCCGCACGGAAGAGGAGACCAUGCAUGCUCUGAGGGAGCUUUUGAACCAGAAGGAGCGGGAAAUCCAUCGCCUGGAGUCUCUCUGUACCUCAACUCAGGAGUUCUGGCAACUGCAGGGCCAAACCUUGGUCUUCACUUUGAAGGAGAAGGAAACCUUAAUUAAAGCCCUCCAGGAAGCUUUGACCAGUAGCACCAAGGAUGUGGAGGCUCUUGCAAAUUCCCUCAGCAGCUCCGACUUGGCUCCAGCGUUGCUCCAGCAGAUCCAGGAGAAGGAGGAUUUGCUGGCCCAGUCCUUGGCUGAACAGGCCCGGCUCCAGGCCGAGUGGCAGAGGCAGCUGCAGGUGGUAGAAGAUGCAGCCAGUGCCCGAGAACACAAACUCCAGGAGCAGCUACGUCAACAAUCUCAGGAUGCCAAAGAACGAGGCCAGGAUACUGCACAACUCCGCAGGCUGCUGGCCCAGGCUGAAGCCAAACUAAGCCAAGGAGCUGUUCUCCUAGAGGAACAUUGCACAAAAUUGGCUGGACUCCAAGAGAUGGAGAACCUAAAGGCACAUGCGCUGGAGAAAGCUCUGCGAGAAGGAGAGGAGAAGGACCGGCUCCUUCAACGCCUGCAGGCCCACUGGGCCACGGCAAGAAAGCACUUUCCAGAGGGACAAAGCCAUCUCUUGCUUCCUCCCAUUUGAACCCGACCUUCAAGAUCCAAAGAACAAGAGAUGCCAAAGAACGAGAACUCGCUGCUUGGUGAAUGGAAAUAAUGAGCAGAUGUUGAUUGAAUGGGGUGGUGUUUUGAUUUUCAUUGCUUGGGGAGGGAAGGUAUAUGUUGCUGGAUGAACGUUGAUGGGGGAUGGGGUUGCAUUUCCCUGUAGUGAGGAGAGCUCUCCUCAGAAGAUUUUGCAAGCUAGAAGAUGCUGUUUUAGAAAUUCACUGCCUGAAAUAAAUUAAAAUGUCAAUAUGAAGCCU